CACACAUACGUGUGUGUGUGGUAACUAGCUGUUAGCUUUAGCUAAUAGCAGUUGGGUGAGCCACUGAGCCAGACCUCUGAAAUGGUUUCACUCAAGCUUCGUUUACGCCAGGAAACAGUGGUUGCUCUUAACAUGAGAGGUUCGCUGAUAAUUUUUUAAGCCUGUCACGAUUUGAUGCCAAAGAGGAUGACGAACUGUACGGACCAUACGUUAGCUAGCCCCAACAGAACAGCCAAGCUCCAGGUGAACUACUGUUGGACAGCCUUCCUUUGCUAGCUGCAUCCUGAGGAGGAAAGCUCUGAGAUUUUACAACGGCUGGAUGCGGAAGGAGGAUAUGAGGCAAGCUCAACAGCUAAUGCUAACUAUGAAUGCUAUUUCACGGGUUCAGUGGAAUGCCAAAGUGCCAAAAAGUGACGCUACUAAUAACCCAGCUUGGCUUAGGGUAGAGAAUAGCAGCUUUGCUACAAAAAAGGUACAAGAAUAUGCAAGGACUUACAACCUCCACUGAGAUCUAUAAAUAUCCACGCCACAGAACUGUUGUCCUUGACACACCAGUCUUGGUCACCAUGCUAUCCACAUUGGAAGUGCCAUCAUAGGCCGUGGCUCAAUCAACUUCAUGGUUUUGGGAUCUUCAGCCUUGGAGGAAGGAUUCCAGCUGUAGUCUAACCCCAAACGGUGAAGAUGGGCUCUCAGGCUCUCCAGAUAUUGAGGCAGGGGGUGUGGGCUUCGCUCACAGGAGGCUGGUAUGUGGACCCCCAUCAGAGCACGUUCUCAAACUGCUUCCACCUAUACCUAUGGAUUUUUCUCCUGGCCUUCCCCUUUCUUCUGUACAUGGCUCUUCCCCCUAGCUUGGUAGUGGCAGGCGUGUACUCUGCUGUGGUAGCAAUCUUUUUUACUGCCAUUAAGGUGGUAAACUACCGACUUCACGCCAUGUUUGACCUCGGUGAGAUUGUCGAGAAGAAGCAGGCCUCUCUCACAGCUGACGCCCCGAGGACAGACGAAGGAGAUGAUGGGUCAGGAGUUCAUGAUGGGAAUCAGCAUAGAGAUAGUCAUGUUGGUGUGGAGAUGACUGUGUUUCGGAAGGUGAACUCGACUCCUCCAGUCCGUUGCAGCUCCCAGCAUUCUCUGUUUGGAUUGAACCAAGUGUCGGAGUUUUUGCCCCAGCUGGAAGAUGCAGGAGGCUCUAAGGAUGUCAAAGAAUUAACACAGGGACAAGGAAGCAACAAUGUAAUCGUGACUUCAGCCCAUCGAGCGAUUAUACGUCAGAGCUCUCAGGACACACAAAGGGUGCCCAGUGCAGUUCAGUCCUGCAUUUCCACCUCUUUGGACUUCCCUGUUCUGACUGGGGUGACGGCGGGACUUGAAGACCCUGGAGGGUGCCUGUCCAUCCCCCCUUCACCUUUAAGUCAAGAAGAUGGAGGGGAGAAGGAGCAGCUGGAGGACUUGCCAAAAAAGUCAACUAAUCAAAACACCAAGGACAAUGGGUUGGGGACCUUCUCUUUACUUGGCCCCUCUGCUGAAUCUGGGAGCUUAGGGGAUACACCCCUUAGUCCUCUUAUUAAGAGCAGUUUAAGUGAGGAGCUGAGUGAAAACCUAAUGGGUCUGGGUCUGGACCCUGGAGCUUUUGCUCCUGGAACUGAGCUCCCAGGCAGCCGCAGUGGGGUGGCGUUAGCUGCUGGGUCCACAGACAGCUGCUUCAGCGCAGGCGGAGCUACCACAGACCGUGAGACACUAAGCACUGUGAGCAGUUACCGCUCUGAGAAAACAGACUCCACUCAGUUAGAAAGUCCUUCAUUGAGCCAGUCACGGCCAACAGAUGGACAGACGCCCGCCUUAGCACCAGUGGUAGAUUCUAAUGUUCUGAACAACACAGAAGACACAACUGGACAGGGUGGCAGUGACACUGACAAUCUGUCAGACAGCGUGCUACUUCGUUCCCCUUCUAAAGAGUUAUCCAUCAGCCAAGGGCUGGACCGGACACUUGUUGAAGAGGAUUUACCCCCUGCACCCUCUGAUAUUGCACAGCCCCCCCUCCAGAACUCUUCCCCUUCAAGUAGUGGCCACUCAGAGGUUUGUGACCUGGACAAAAAAAGCUAUGGUCCUCCUCUCCCGCCGCCACGGCAGGCCAAUUCGGUGCCUUCAGGGCUGGCCCUGGGUCUGGUGUGUUCUGAGCCUGCUUUGCCCAUUUCCUCUACCCCUCUGUUACUGUCUGACCCCCCUGUGCUCCAAGCCCAGCAGGUUGUUCGUCCUAAAGACUUAAAGCUGCUGCGGGCCAGCGGCGGAAGCAUGGGCCACAGACCGGGCAGAAGGAAAGCUCCUAGAAGGCGCACAGGAGCAGGCAGCAGUAGUUUCGACUGUGGUUCUUACAGGCGACACCACAAUCACAGGCAACACAGAGAUUACAUCCCAGUGCGCAGCCGUUUGGGGGCUAAGGCGUACAGCGAAAGUUUAUUUGAAGACUCAACUGAUGAGGACGAUGGCAGUGACAUGAGCGCAGGGUCCAGCCUGGGGUCCCAGCGCAGAUACAGCUCAGACGAGGACAACGACAAUGACGAUGACUCAAGUUCCUCUACCUCUUGCUACUCCUCCGACCUUGCCAACACAGACAUUACAUCCCUUCUCUCCAAUGCUGCUCAACUUCCCCCACAAAGAGAAGGGGAUUUACCCGAACCCUCCGCCCCAUCUCACCCUCGUGCUGCUCAGCGCUCCUCUAGCACAGCGAGUGCCAAGACUCAUGCAAGAGUACUUAGUAUGGACGGGGCUGGUGGCGGCCAGAGCAACGCGGCAACAACUCCUACUACACUUCUUACGAUGCCCUCAACAUCAACCCCAGCUCCUCGCACUCUUGCAAUGUCCAAGUCUGAUCUGGAAGCGAGGACUGUACACGCCGACGGCUUCCCUGGAGGCCAUCAUCAUCGGCUGGAUUCUCUUGGAGGUUCUUGGACUGGCAACCAGAUGGGUUGGAGGGCAGGAGAGCUGGUUGAAGAAGGAGCUGUGGGUGGAGCUCUGGGCCCCGAGGAUGGGAACAAACACGAAUCCAUAACGAGUGUGAAGAGGACCCAGGCAAUACGGCGGAGGCAUAACGCUGGGAGCAACCCUACCCCACCACCUUCAACAAUGGGAUCCCCACCCAGCCUCCAAGACCUUCAGCGAGUUCGAACCUCCUCUCAUUCACGCACCCGCACGCUUCCAUCAGCGUUACAGUUUGCGUCUUCACUCCUACUCCCCCGCAGCGGCAUCCAUGAGGCCUCCACCUUUGACGACACAUCAGAGGGAGCAGUGCACUAUUUCUAUGAUGAAAGUGGAGUGAAGAGAUCCUACACUUUUGGACCUGCUGGUGGUGGCUAUGAGGAUCCAGUACAAGAAAGAGAGAGGCAGUCCCAGUCAUCAAGCUUCACCUCCACUGAAGUUCAGGAUGGAGCACCAGUCCUGUCCAUCCUCCAGCCCAGACCCGUGGUUCUCCAGGGCAUGCAGGUUCGCCGGGUGCCCCUGGAAAUGCCUGAGUUUGAUCUUGAUCACGAAUCCCUCCAAGAAUCUCAUGAAAACACUCUGAUGAUUGAGGAGAAAGCCAAGCCUAAACAGUACUAUCGGUUUUGGGUCCUACCUGGCAAGUGGCUUAGAGUUCGAUACGAUCGACUGGCUCUUCUAGCUCUGUUGGACAGGAAUCGCCGUGUGGGAGAGAACGUGUUUUCUGUGAUGUUGGCUAGCCUGGUGGCCUUCCUGGGAUUUCUUCUUCUGCUACAGGGCUUUUUCAGGGACAUCUGGGUCUUCCAGUUCUGCUUGGUCAUUGCUAGCUGCCAGUACUCUUUACUGAAGAGCGUACAGCCGGAUGCAGCCUCUCCAAUGCAUGGCCAUAACUGGGUCAUUGUGUACAGUCGGCCAGUUUACUUCUGCUUGUGUUGUGCAAUGAUCUGGAUAUUCGACCUGUCGGGACGAGCUGGAAACCUGCAGCCAUUUUCUCUCUAUGGUGUCACCGUCUUCUCUGCGCACUUCCUGCUGUGUGUCAGGGAUAUGCUUAUUGUUUUUGCCUUGUGUUUUCCGGUCAUUUUCCUGUUUGGGUUGCUACCUCAGGUUAAUACCUUUGUGAUGUGUCUGCUGGAGCAGAUAGACAUGCACAUUUUCGGUGGAACUGCCACUACCAGCCCCCUAUCAUCUCUGUUCAGCCUCAUACGCAGCAUAGUGGUGGCAGCUCUGCUGUAUGGAUUUUGCCUCGGCGCCAUUAAUGCCCCCUGGGGGGAUGCCCAUGUGCCAGUUCUGUUCUCUGUGUUCUGUGGUCUACUUUUGGCCUUGUCCUACCAUCUCAGCCGCCAAAGCAGUGACCCAACCAUCCUGUGGUCAUUGGUCCGUUCCAAAUUAUUCCCCGAAUUGGAGAACAGAACCCCAGAGGAACCCCCUGUGGAAAUCAAAGAUCCUCUCCCUGAGAAGCUACGUAACUCUGUGAGCGAGACGCUUCAUUCAGACCUCGUCAUGUGUCCCCUCAUGGCUGUGAUUACCUUCGCCAUCAGUGCCAGCACAGUUUUCAUUGCUCUUCAGCCGGCUCUCAGUUUUGUCUUAUACAUCCUGGCUGGAGUCAUAGGGUUCAUAACUCACUAUCUCCUGCCUCAGCUCCGCAAACAGCUGCCAUGGUUCUGUCUGGCACACCCUGUGCUUCGAUCCAGAGAGUACAGCCAGUUUGAGGUCCGAGAUGCUGCUCAACUGAUGUGGUUUGAGAAGCUAUAUGCAUGGCUACAGUGUGUGGAGAAGUACUUCAUCUAUCCAGCUGUGGUGCUGAACUCUCUAACAACUGAAGCCCGAACAGUUGGUCAGAAUCAUAAAGAGCUGGACAUCUACAGCCGUGCUCUCUUCAUCUCAGUCGCAGGAAUGAAGCUGCUGCGUUCUUCCUUCUGUACCCCGUCUCAGCAGUACGUGACCCUUUGCUUUACCACGCUCUUCUUUCACUGUGACUAUCCACACUUCUCAGAGACCUUCCUAAUCGACUACUACUUCAUGUCGAUCAUCUUCAGCAAGAUGUGGGACCUGCUGUACAAGCUACGCUUCGUUUUGACUUACAUAGCCCCAUGGCAGAUCACCUGGGGAUCCGCCUUUCAUGCUUUUGCUCAACCGUUUGCUGUUCCUCACUCUGCUGUGCUUUUCGUCCAGGCAAUCUUCUCUGCCAUUUUUUCCACACCCCUCAACCCCGUUCUAGGAAGCGCUGUGUUCGUCACCUCUUACACCAGACCUGUAAAGUUCUGGGAACGAGACUACAACACCAAGCGGGUUGAUCAUUCAAACACCAGACUUGCCACUCAGUUGGAUCGCAACCCAGGUGCUGAUGACAACAACUUAAACUCGAUUUUCUACGAGCACCUGACGCGCUCUCUGCAGCACAGCCUGUGCGGAGACCUGCUGCUUGGACGCUGGGGGAACUACAACACAGGCGACUGUUUCAUCCUGGCAUCGGACUACCUCAACGCUCUGGUGCACAUCAUUGAGAUCGGCAACGGCCUCGUCACCUUUCAGCUCAGGGGUCUGGAGUUCAGAGGUACCUACUGUCAGCAGAGGGAGGUAGAGGCUAUCACAGAGGGGGUGGAAGAGGACGAGGGCUGCUGCUGCUGUGAACCAGGUCAUCUGCCGCAUAUGUUGUCCUUCAACGCCGCCUUCGGGCAGCGCUGGCUGGCAUGGGAGGUGGCCGCCACCAAAUAUGUUCUAGAGGGCUAUAGCAUCAGCGACAAUAACGCAGCCUCCAUGUUGCAAGUAUUUGACCUGCGCAAAAUUCUCAUCACCUACUAUGUGAAGAGCAUCAUCUACUAUGUGAGUCGAUCCCCUAAGCUUGAGGAGUGGCUGAGCAAUGAGACCAUUCAGGAAGCUCUGCGGCCCUGCCUUGCACCCAGCUACGUGGACAGCGACCCCACCUUUAACUUGAACAUUGACGAGGACUAUGAUCACAGAGCCUCCGGCAUUACACCCUCCUCCUUCAGCAUGGUUUACCUCGACUGGAUCCAGUACUGCAACAGCAGGCGCCAAACGCCAGUAAAUUGUGAAAAAGAUUCUCCACUUGUCAACCUCUGUUUUGGCCUUUGUAUCCUGGGAAGAAGAGCUCUGGGCACAGCAUCUCAUAGCAUGUCUGCAAGUUUGGAGCCUUUUCUGUACGGCCUCCACGCCCUCUUCAAAGGAGACUUCCGCAUCACGUCGCCUAGGGACGAAUGGGUGUUUGCAGAUAUGGACCUACUGAAUCGAGUUGUGGCUCCAGGAGUUCGAAUGUCCCUCAAACUUCAUCAGGACCAUUUUACAUCCCCAGAUGAGUACGAGGAUCCGACGGUUCUGUAUGAUGCAAUCACUGCCAACGAAGAAAAGAUGCUGAUUUCACACGAAGGGGACCCGGUGUGGCGCAGCGCCAUCUUAGCAAACAUGCCGUCGCUGCUGGCACUGCGACACAUCAUGGACGACGGCAGCGAUGAGUACAAAAUCAUCAUGCUUAAUAAGAGAUUCCUCAGCUUCAGAGUCAUCAAGGUGAACAGAGAAUGUGUGCGUGGGUUGUGGGCUGGCCAACAGCAGGAGCUGGUUUUCCUGCGGAACCGCAACCCAGAGCGAGGAAGCAUCCAGAACGCCAAGCAGGCUCUGAGGAAUAUGAUUAACUCGUCGUGUGACCAGCCCAUCGGUUACCCCAUAUACGUGUCGCCCCUCACCACCUCGUACGCCGGGGGCCACAGUCAGCUCCGCUCUGUGUGGGGCGGCCCUGUCAGUCCACACAACAUUUACACGUGGCUCAUCAGUAGCUGGGACCGGUUGCAGAAAGGGUGUGGCGCCGGCUGUAACAGCGGGGGAAACAUCGAGGACUCUGACUGUGGAGGAGGCUCUGCUUCCAUUUCAAUGAACCCAGCCAUUCACACCACACAGAGCACCCCGGCCUCCAGCCUUCCUCAGCCACACAUCACCACCGUCCAGCCCUCCAUGGGUACAGAUAACCCUAUAGGCCCAAACCAGAGCUGGCCUCACCACCCUCAACCUCUCCCAUUAGCUCUACUCAGUCAAUCAGAGGGCAGGAUGGAGGCCAGCCUGCUCAGCUCUCUGCAGCGAACGUCAUCCAUCCAGGGGCUCCUUGGUCAGCAGCUCUCCAGCUCCCAGCUCUCCUUCAGCAGCUCCAUGGUUCCUCCACCUCUGCCGACCUCAGAGCGCUUCUGCCCGGCAACGCUACUGGUAAACUCAGGACACCGCGUGGGCCAGAGGAGCGGCCUGCUCUACGAGAGUCAUAUCGGCAAGUGGAGUUUUUCAGGCAAGAAGGGCUUUAAUGGACCAACUGCAGUGGAGAUGGAGGGGGUGCCGGUGCAGACGAUACGCACACAGCCUCCUCCUCCUUUGCCGCUACAAGAAGCCAGCCUGACCCAUGACCCCCUUGGAGCCACUCAGACAUGUGAUCCCACCCUGUUGGCUUCAGAGGACGCUCCCACUCCAAAAGAGGAAUCCACAGAGCUGCCUUUACUUGAUCACCUGCGCUGAGUUUUUGCACUGGUGACAUUUUCUACAAUGAAAGCACACCGUGGGACCGAAUCAGACCAAUUCCAGCUUCGGGUCUCAAUCCAUCUAAUGUUGUUGGGAUUCGUCAGUGCAGGAAAAAAAAAAAAAUCCCCAGCUGAGCCUGGGAGCAGGAAGGUCCCUCACAGCCAGAGCAGUUCAGCU